AUGGGUCCUUCAGAUUUGCAGUGCGGACAUCUGGUUUCGCCAGGAGUGAUGAACUUUGUCCUCUCUAUCCUUAUUGUUCUCGGAAUCCUCUUUUCCUAUCUGCCUCAGUUAAUCCGAAUCGCUGCGCUAAGGAGCUCCUUUGGAAUUUCGCCAUACUUUGUCUUGUUGGGGACGACGUCGGCCACAUUUGCUUUGGCAAACAUGGUGUCGCAACAGCAGACGCUGCAAGAUGCCGCAUGCUGCAAGGAUGUCAGCGGAUUAUCGUGUUUCGCAGGGCUUCUAGGGAUCCUGCAAGUUGCGACGCAGCUGCUUAGCUUCUUCGCGAUUCUUGCUCUCUUUGUUGUUUUCUUUCCGCGGGAAAAGUCGCCUUCUCUCUCAUUGUCGCCAAAAGAAGAACCUACAUAUCGGACCGCGCUGGUUGUGGCCUUUAUAUGUAUCGUCCAUGCGGCGGUCAUGCUGAUCGUCACCCUUGCUGUCGGCUUCAAGAUGCCGUCUUCGCUGCAAUCGUGGUCGAAUUUUUGCGGCGUCACUGCCGCCAUCCUCGCCUCCAUCCAAUACUUCCCUCAAAUUUACACUACGCUCAGACUGCGCUGCGUGGGCAGCUUGAGCAUACCAAUGAUGUGCAUUCAAACGCCUGGUGGCUUAGUUUGGGCAGGCAGCCUGGCAGCGCGGCUGGGCAGUAAGGGCUGGAGCACGUGGGGUAUUUUGAUUGUUACGGCGUGCUUACAGGGCACUCUCCUCGUCUUAUCCGUGUUUUUCGAAUACCUUGGCCCUAACAAGGGUCAUAGCCACGACUACAACAAGGACACUGCUCGAAGUCAGUCCGCCGAAAGCAGCGAUGUCCAAGAUGAAGACGGUCCAUACGAAGAAACGCCACUCCUUCGGGAAAGUCGUUGA